CAUACUGUAUUUUGAGCCAUAUCACAUUUUUAUUGCAACAUUUUACUCCCGCUCGGUGAGUACAUUUCCAAUGGCUUUUUUGUAAGCAUUUUUUGUCUUUUUAAUUGCCCCUCCUUUUUUUAUUUUUCCUCCUUUUGCUGAUGGUUGAAUUGAGCAUUGACAUGGUGGUUUUGAGCGUUUUUCCACAUCCAGGCUUCAAGUUUUUAGCAUGCAGUUAUUCUGAUCGAGAGUGCCAAGAGGGUAAACGGGAGGGCAACUGGAGGAGAAUGACUGGUAAAACUCAGACCAGCAACGUGACCAACAAGAAUGACCCUCGUUCCCUCAACUCCAGAGUCUUUAUUGGCAACCUCAACACAGCCAUUGUCAAGAAAACCGACAUAGAGGUUAUCUUCGCUAAGUACGGCAAGAUAGUGGGUUGCUCUGUGCACAAGGGGUACGCCUUUGUACAAUACAUUAACGAAAGGAACGCCAGAGCAGCGGUGGCAGGGGAAAACGCCCGCAUCAUCGCUGGACAGCCUCUUGACAUAAACAUGGCCGGCGAGCCCAAGCCGUACAGGCCCAAAGCAGGCUCCAAACGGCCACUCUCGGCUGUUUACAGUGGUUAUGAAUUUGAUUAUGAGUACUACAGGGAUGAUUUCUACAGCAGGCUUUUUGACUACCAUGGCAGAGUGGCCCCCCCACCCAGAGCUGUGAUCCCACUGAAACGCUCCAGAGUGCUCGCUCCCUCCUCUCGCCGUGGGAAGACCUCCUUCCCCAUCAAAACGUCCUCUUCUUCCUCGUCUUCAUCCUCCAGACCUCCCACAUCAUCCUCCACCACCGGAGUCAAAUUAGUGAAGACGGACCAACUUCAGACCAUUAAACGAGAGCUCACUCAGAUCAAGAUGAAGAUUGACUCUUUGCUGGGACGCCUGGAAAAGAUUGAGAAGCAGCAGAGAGCCGAAACUGAGGCUCAGAGAAAAUAUGAGGACAACUGUGACUCCCUGCAUGAGGAGUCUGUGUCAGAGACAGCAGAAAACUCUGGAGAGGAGGCCGGUGAGGGGGCACUGGACGUAGAGGCAGGAGAGAUGACCGAUGGAGGCGAGGAUGACUAUGACGAGGAGGGUAGCCACCAUCUGAUAGAAAACCAUGUAUCGGAUAUUGACAACUGAAAUCAGGGUGAGGAAGCAGACACUCCUGGUCGGUGGUAUUAGAAUUCAUCAUCACCUUGAAGAGACAGAAAAUGAUCUGUGUGGGAUCAAGACACCCAUUCAGGACUGUAAGUUGUGUAUGAGAGAUGGCAGAUCACAUUUAGAUGCCCGGCUGUGCAGCUCAAACCAAAUGUGAUGUGCUCUCUAAAGAAAAUACAUUCAAGACCCAUUUUAAUUCAGUGGCCUGAGUUUAUUUCAUGUGCAACUUAUCCUUCAUUGGAUGAACUCAAACACUAAACCUGAAACUGAAAAAAAUAAAACUGAAGGCAAAGGAAUAAAGGGUUUAUUUGGAUUUCUAAAUGAAAUUAUGUUCAAAGAUGGAAAUGUUUUUGGUCUAUUGUUACUGCUCUUAUGAAAUGUGCUUGUGCUGUAAUUUCAUAAACAGAUUUUCAAAGAAUUUUUGUUUAUGCUCAACUAUCAAAUGAAUAAAUGACAGAACAAUCUGUGACCGUGGUAGGAACCUCAGCAAAAGAAUGAAACAUCUCUGCCGUCUGCUUCGGAUUUGACUCAUACAUAAGCCAAUAGCUGUGAGCAUAACUUUAUCCAGCUUUAUCCAUUUAUCACACAAAUGCCCUGUGGGGCUGUUCCAUCAUAUAUUCCAACUCCUGCCAAGUUUCAGAAGCAGAAAGGGCUUCCUGUGGUAGAGAGCCAACACUGGCACAGGCCUCCUGCCAGGGAGCAGUGCCCUAACGUCUCAGUGCACUCCUCCCCACUCAGUUUGUGCAUCCCAACAUGGACUGCUGCUGUUCUGGAGCCAGCACCUUUCUCCUUCAUCCUCUCCUCCUGCAUCCUGCAUUGAUUCCAUUUUAUGUAGUGGAGCGAGCAAAGUAAGGUUUUGCUUUUUGUUUUUUAAAUUGUGGAAUUUGUAUGAUUUUAAACCAAACAUUGGCAGACUGUGAUAUUAUCUCACAAUGAGAUCUUUGAUUCAGAAAACAUAAAUUUCUGACAUAAUAACUUGAAAGGAAGUGUAAUGCUGCAUUAAAACCACUUCAGUAAUGAAUGAGAUGAUUUAGCUACUAAUUUGGUGCAGUGUACUAACAGUGGUAAAGAUAAUAUUGAAAUUUCCUCAACUGUUGUGUGGAUUGCAUAAAACCCCAAAUAUAAUGUCUGCUUUAGCUGAGCAAUUACAAUUUACCUGAUUAUAAAUAAAUUGCUGCAAAUUGAAUUAUGUCACUAGCAAAUGGAUGUCAGCGUGUUAUGCUGUUUGUUAUUCAAAUUAAGUUUGCUCCAGUAUUUUUCCACCAUUCAAAUUUAACCGUCAUAACAUUAUUUCAAACAAUAAGAAGCUGAUGUUGUUCCGAGCCUGCUGGGAGGAGGUUGUUUUUGGGAACCAGGUGUCUCAGCUCAUCGCUCUGUAGCGUUCAUUUGGUUAAAGAUUCAUUCAGGCUAAGAUUCUGUUAACAUCUCCAUUACAGCAAAAGCUGUCACAACAGUUUUUCAGGAGAACAUGAGACCAAGAAUAUUGUGCAAUUUAACGUCAUAAAAAAAUCUUUUCCAAUAUUUCAUAGUUACGUCUAAGCCUUUACUGCAAGUUCAUUUUGUUGAAGGUCAUAAUUACUGUAUGAAAAAGGAGGAGGUCCACACACCAAAAAGCUCCUUGAGAAAUUUUAAUCCAUCAGUAUUAAAGAAGUAACGUUUUUGGAUGUGCGUGUUUCUCUUUUAUUAAGCAUAAUUACUGUAUGAACAUUACAUUGACAGCUGUACUAAAUAUUAUAAAGUACUAACUGGCUUCAGAGUAUAUAGGCACACUGUUUUAUUAAUUAUUUUUAUGGGGAAAAAAACAACCCCUCUGUUUUUUUCAUAAAUCACAAUCAAAAUGCUUUAGUUUGAAUUGGAUAUGUACUUGUUGGGAAUGAAAUUCUUGCGACACAUGCUACACAUAGAACUCCCAUAGGCAGUCAUUCUGACUUCUAUAUAUUAUUUGCUUAAAUUUAAAAUAAAUCAUAUAUACUAUACUAUCAACUAAAGAUGUUGUGGUAAGAAAGAUCAGUAGCAGGAACUCAUGUCUGUGUAGAUUCUCAGUCAUCCAGGUCAUGGUAUUCUCAACAGCUCAAAAAAAGCUGAGUGGACUUCUUUAAAAAAAAAAAAUUUUUAAGCCAGUUCCCCUCUUAUCCAAGAAGCUUCUGUAGGCUUUUCCACCAAAAGUUGGAGAAUCUCAGGUCUCCUUAGUGGGAGUUGUCCCUUUUGGAGGUGGUCAUUGACCCAUUAUCAUUCAUGUGCUGUUGCACACAAGCUAAUCCGUUUAAAAAAAAAAAGUGUGGGUCAUUACCACCACGGUUUUCAGGUGGACCCCCACCACCACCCACAAAAAAAAAAAUAAUCAUGUGACCUAUUAAGGUCGCCUGAAGUAUGGUGUGAGUGGAGGUUAAGGUACCAGGGGAGGGAUCUGCAGUGCAAGACUACACUGUAGGUCGCUGACAACUGGUGUUAUAAGCCACAAACUCUGUUCAGUGAUGGUUGUUCACAGUGGACAUUGAUGGCUUCUUUUACUCCUCUUUUAAACUAUCCCACCUUCCCGGUCCAAAAUGUAAACACUGGCAUCCUUUAAGAGUGUCCUUCAUCCUUUAGGUGCAGAAGUACAGCGGAGUCUUGUCAUGCUGAGGUGGCCCUUCUACGUUAUGCAAUGCCUUUGUGGAGUGGCUGUUUAGUUUCUCCAAUGUGGAGGUCUGAGCACUCCUUGCUGCACUGCACAGCAUACACUGUGUUGCUUAGUCUGGGUUUGGGAGUUUUGUCCUUGGGACCAGUUUUUGUCUUAGAGUGUGGCUGGGGUGUCAUGCUUGGAGAAAAAUCUCCUACAUUUUUUUGGUGUCUGACUUUCAUUCCUGUGCAUCUUCACUGAUUUAAUGAAGGUCCAGUUGUGAUAACCACGUCUUUUGAGGAUGCCACUGUUCAUAUUUUGGACCGAGAACAAAGAUGGUUAGAAAGAGGAGUAAAAGAGCCCAUCUAUGUCCACUGUGAGCAACCAUCAUUUAACAGAGGUGGUGGCUUAUGACACUAGCAGUCAGCUACCUAUAAUAUAGUCUAGAGAGCGCUUCCCAGUGCCUUGAACCCCACUCACACCUUACUUCAGGUGAACAGUCACCUGAAGUGACAAGGUCUCACAGGUCUCACAGUGGUUUCACAGGAAUCCCUUUUCCCAUGUAUCCAUUUGUACCCACUCAGCACGGCUUGACUCGACUUGGCACAGUUUAUAGGCAUUUCCAUUAGUACCUGGUACUAGGUACUUUUUUAGUACCCACUCAGCCAGGGUCCCAAUUAAUCCGAGGCAAUCUGAAAAUGUGAUGUUGAAGAACAACAUGCCACUGAUUGGCCAGGGAGUGUCGUCACUAGUGGAGUCAUGAGAGCGAUUCCUUCGCCAGAAUCAGGCGCGUCAUUUUUAAAACCCAACAGCCAGAAACUGGAGGCACGCAAACCAACACCGUGGUCGAAUGAGGAGGUGCAGACAUUUCUGUGCUUGGUGGGCGAUGAGACGAGAAAUGAGAAAGUUUAUCAUGAGGUUUCCAAGCUAAUUGCUGCUCAUCGCACAACACAGCGGUGUAGACUAAAGCUAACACACUUUGAGUCGCAUACAAAUUAUGUGACAAGACUUCUGCCCACAUUGCUAUAUCGACUCCACCCACACUGAGGUGGUGCUCGAUUGUAAUGAAAGCAAAAGAAAACUGUGGCGAGUUGUGUCGAGUCAAGUCGACCCACACUGAGUAGGUACUAAUGGAAACACAGCAUUUGUGGUAAUGACCCACACAUUUUUUCACACCUUGCCUCAUGUGAUGAUGAAUAACAAGGGGUCAACAACCACCUCCAAAGGGGACAACCCCCACUAGGAUUUAAAUAAAAGUCCAGUCACCUGUUUUCAAGUUCUUGAGACUACCAGGAGUGACACUUUGCCCAUCAACAGCAAGUGGUAGCCAUUAGGGAUCAAAAAGCAUCCAAUUUCACCAAAUUACGCUGUAUAUGCAUAUAGUCAACUGCUAUGACCAUGGCUACGACCAUCUUUUGUUGAUUUUAUAACAUUACAGAUCCAUGUAUUCUUUGAUCUUUUAUUGAUUACAAAUUAUAUUUUUACAUAUCAUAUUUAUUUAUUAUAAAUUUAUCUAAAUAAUGUAUUGUGGUCAAAAUGACUGCCCAUGGGAGUUCUAGAUAGAAACACUCAUAACUCAUUUGUGUCUUGUAAUUUUAAUAAAAUGAUAAUGUUAGAAUACAAUAUGCACAUAUUUAGGAAAAGUCAGGGUCCUAUAGUGGCAUGGGGUUUAUAGCAACGAAGAUAUUACACUGCAAAAUUGGUCAAAAUGACCGCCUUGGGAGUUCUAGUGUUAAAGGUUUAGUUUUCAAUUCAGCAACUUAUAAAAAAAAAUGUUUUUUUGUUUUUGCUAGCAGAUGAAAUUUAUAACAAUUAGACAAGAAAAACCCCAAACAAUUAAACAGUCUAAUGGGUGCUGGACCAUUAAAUCGGCAAACUAUUAAUAGGAACUUCAGCACUCUCAAAUACAUAUAAAAUAUAUUAUAUAUACCGUGGCAGUAAAAAAGAAUGGAUGCGUUUCAGCCAACUAUAUUUAAUGAUAUAUUAAAAUAUAUAUGUAUUUGAGAGCUUUUAUUUAUAGUUGGACUUUAACAAUUAACAAUAUCAUGUAGCCAGGUAGCAACCAUCAGUUACUUCAUCAGCCUAAUUGAUGCUACAAAGUGAUCAGCUGGUACAUGUUCUUUUUUAAAGUAUUAUCAUGGUAAGUACCCUAAUGUGGAAGCAAAUGGGGUUCUUGUUGAAGUAACGCUACUGAAGAUGAGUCCUGAUAUCGGCUAUGUAAGAGUUUUUAAUUACGUAGUUUAGUGUUGGUGGUAGUUUCCUGGGUUUCUUCAACCAAAAUACCAAAUUGGAAAUGGGCUAUAAAUAACAAAAAUGUUAUUUACCCAAGAAGUCUUUCGCAAUUAUUUCCUGAGCCGAAACAAAUUUCUUUAACUUUUUUUUUUGUUGUUGUUGUUGAAUUGCUAAAGGUUUGAGCCACCCCAGUACAGUCAAGAUUAAGCAUAAAUUCAUCAGUGAGCAUUCUUUGGAGAAACAGCGUCAUAAUUACUCUGAAAAUUCCACUCGUCUGUGAUGUGUGUUUAUGAUUUAUUUGAGCGUGGAGAAAAUAAUGGUUCUUCAAAAACUAUGAAUGUUGGUUAAUGAGUUAGCUGCAUUUGAAUCAGUUCUGAUUGUUGAUUUGAAAACCUUAAACAAAAAUCAUUGUAGCUUAAAAGUACAAAACCAAGGCCACCAAGAGUAGGUGAGGAUUUUUUGUUUUGUGAGUUGGGUGAACCAACUCCUUCCAGAAGAAUAUUUCUGAAAUUAAAAGGAAAAUUCACUUUGCACAAUAUCAUGAAUACACUACUAAGUUCUGGCAGGGCUGCUUAGGGGGAAAAAAUGCAUAAAAUUAAAAAAAGACUGUCCUGAAGUUCACAAUAAGUGUCUGGUGAAUGAUGAUGAUGUGUAAUAUUUCGCACUAUUUUUGUAUCCCAAACAUGUUUCAAGAAAAUUGCUUUGCUACAUGUUUAUCUUUUUGUUUUAUUUAUUUAUUUUUUGUUUGUUUUAUUUUGAAUUGGUUUGGUUUGGGGUUUUUUUGCUGGUAGCCUGUUUUUUGAUGGACAGUAUGGUGACGUGUCAAAUAUUCUGCAAAAAUAGAGAAAAAAACUGUCGUAAUUUAUCUGGGUCACUUUAGAACAGUUCUGGCUCAACUCUCGAUUUUCUUUCCGCUGUAAAUAGUCCUUAUCAUGUUUAUUUCAAAAAGGCUAGAUGAAUUUUAAAAGUUUAAAAUAAUGAAAAUAAUACACUGACAGUUUGUUGGAGUAAUUGCAGGUUUAAACCGGAAUUGUUGGACUUCUAGCGAUGUGUAACUGGCAACAGUUGUAUAGAAAUGUACAUUUUUUUGUAAAAAUAUUUUUAUCAAAAGGCAUGUUUACUGUAACUUUGUAUUUUCAGUUCAUGUAAAAAGAAAGUUAUAUUCUAACUGUUGUAUGGAUAGAAACCUCAUUGUCAUUGUAGAUAAAAAUUUGUGCUAUCAACCAAUAAAAAAAAAUGUUUGUGUCAUUUAA